AUGACGUCUAGAACAGUGAAGUUCAGAUCAUUGGGUGAGCUUACGUCGUUAUCCUCAUCGAUUACAAAUGAUCUUAUCUCAAGCACUCGUAAGAUACCCAAACUUUUAGGACAUCAAGUUUCGCUUAUCGAGAUAUUCACUCAUGAAUCAAAGAAGUUAGAAAUGUUGGGCUAUUGCGAUUACGAGUUAGCAUUGGUAAGCUUUGAUGCUUCGGUGGCGUUGUAUAAAUUUUGCGAGAAAGCAGUGACCAUUGAGACGAAAGGGUUUCUUGAUGAUAUAAAGGUUACUUUAGCGAGUAAAAGAAGCAAAUAUGAACAUUUAAUGGAGUCAUUUUCAAGGACUCCGAAAACCGAGGACUCUAAUGAUACCAAUGGAUCUGUGGAUCCAUUAUUAGCGAGGUUUAACAACCUUAAAAGCCCUUCGCCGCUGGAAUCGGAAGAUGGCCCUCAAGGAUCUCAUACGGAGGUUAUAAACAUAGACACAUUUAAAUACAAGGAGUUUAUCAAUCCGGCUGAACUACAUGAAUUACUUUUCCUGGAAGGUUAUUCAUCGAAGAGCAUUUUAUUGAUUGAUUAUAGGACUAGGAAAGAAUUUAAUUACAAUCACAUAAAUUAUUCUGAAAUAGUGAAUAUUGAACCCGAUUGGGUCAAUAGCUUGUUAGGGUCUCUGAAAGAGGCCCAUGAUAUUCUUGACCAAACUUUAGAGGCUAGGCUAGAAAUGCUACUUCCGUCAGAACAAUAUAAAAGGUUUUUGAAACGAUUCACGUACGAUUUAGUGGUUGUAUAUAAUUUGCGUUAUGGUCCGGGUAUAGAAGAUAGAUUUAUGUCACUCAAGAACCUGUUGAUCAACGGGGAUUCGAAUGGCAUUGCUGUGCAAUGUCCAAUUCAAAAAUUAAUUGAUAUAAUAACAUACAAGAACAAAUAUAUAAGUUCAAAACUAAAACGCCAUCCUUGCAUUUUGGCAGGUGGUGUAAAAGCUUGGUAUGAUAUGUUUGGAGAAAAAUAUAUUAUGAAGACUAAUACUCCCCAAAUUCUUGCUAGACCUGAAGCUUCAUUAUCAAGAGGUGGUAGUGAGUCAUCUAUACCUAGACGGAACAACAACAAAACUCCAGAAGAAGCAAUAAACCCAGAAAGAUCAUCGUCACCAUAUCUCAAGAACUUCGGUGAAUAUUUAUCUACGGCAAAGUCAACGAAUACUCCAAUAUCAAAUUCAUUCUCACCUUCAACAUUAAUGGCGGCGACUACGUCUAAUAUAAAUUCAAACACAUCUUCAAGUAUUCAAAAUUCCACUAACUUGCGUUCUUCUUCCCUGGGAAGUUCGUUUAUCGAUAGUGAAAAGUUAAACUCUUCUCCGCCUCAACAGCAGAAACCAAAACUUGUCACCUCUUCUCCCAGAAGAGAAUCGAAUUCAUCUGUAUCAAACUUAUCCCAAAGUUUCACCAAUUCACUUAGCUCAUCUAAAUCUAGCUCAACUAAUGAAAUUCCUUUUACGUCUAAGAACAACAACACCAUUAAAUUCUUGGAACAGUAUACCACAGGCCUCACAAAUCUUGGUAAUUCUUGCUACAUGAAUUGUAUUCUUCAAUGUUUAGCUGCUACUCCACAAUUAACCAAAUUUUUCUUUCCAAAUAUAUCUAGCUCGUCUUUACCAUCGUCCUCGUCCCUUCAAUCAUAUCGUCAGCAUAUUAAUGUGAACAAUAAAUUGGGGUCUAAGGGAAUUUUAACGACAAACUUUGUUAAUCUCUUGAUGAAUAUGUUUACAAACGUUGGUAAAUAUUUCACCCCGACCAGUUUCAAGAAGGUAGUUGGAUCAUUAUCUCCAGGUCAACAGUUCGCUACAUUUGAUCAACAAGAUUGUAUCGAAUUUUUGAACUUCAUAUUAGAUGGAUUACAUGAAGACUUAAAUCAAAUGCUAAUUUCGGAUCCUGAAGAGAAGAAAACUAUCUUGGAAUUGACGCCAGAACAAGAAAAAACUAGGGAAUUCCUUCCUGUUAGAUUGGCUUCAACUAUUGAAUGGGAAAGAUAUCUUAAGUUAAACUUUUCAAUUAUUGUUGAUUUCUUUCAAGGUCAAUACUUAUCACAAUUGAAGUGUUUAGAGUGUGGUUUAACAUCAACGACAUACAAUGCAUUCCUGAUACUAUCGUUACCAAUUCCAGAAAAACUCGGUUCCCUUAAAGAUGUUCUGUUACAUGAUUGUUUGGAAGGCUUUGUUACUACUGAAUUGCUAGAUGAUGAUAAUAAAUGGCACUGUCCUAGCUGCAAGAGAUUUACAAAGCUGACAAAGAAGAUAACCAUCACUAGAUUACCACAGGUAUUAAUCAUUCACUUUAAAAGAUUUAAAAUUAAUAACAAUGGGUAUUUUAAUAAGCUUGAUACAUUCAUAAAUUAUCCGGUUAAUGAUGUGUUAGAUCUUACUUCUUACUGGCCCGACGUUGGUACAUUAGUUAAUAGUAAUCUUAAGUCAAAUGAAAAAAUAUCGAAGGAAAAGGAAAAACAGAUUUUGUCGACCUUACCUACGAGAAAUCAACAACCUCCAUUCAGAUACAAACUUUAUGGUGUGGCAAAUCACUUCGGUAAUCUAUCUACUGGACACUACACCUCCUAUGUUUAUAAGCAAAGUGAUUCAAAAAAGACGAGGGACUGGUGUUACUUUGAUGAUGCUAAGGUUACUUACAAUUGUAAGGAGAGUCAAGUGUUGAAUAGAAAUGCAUACUGUUUAUUUUAUCAACGUAUUUAG